AUGCUGCCCCCUGGUACUUUCCAAGAAGGCUGCCCAAUUGACCGUUUUUCAGAAGAUUCUUGGUGUCUGGUCAGCUGCAAUGCCGGAUACAAACAGAAUGAGGUGAGAAACCACUGGUGCCCAGCAUUCUUUAGAGAACAGUUGAGUCCAGAGAUUCUUCCUCACCUCACUGUCAAAGGGCCUCGCAGUUGGAAACAGAAGUUGAAAGACUUGAACAGUGACUUGGAAGCCAUGAACGGGAUAGAUGAGGGGGACAAGGAGGAAGCUGAUGAAGCUCUCCGACAGGAUUUGCUGUGUCAAAUUGAUGAGUUGAAAAGCUGGAUUGAUUUUUUUGGCCGGUGCAUGGAGGCAAAUGUGGUUCCUGUUCGAGUUCCUGGUGAUGGGAAUUGCAUGGUGUGGAGCAUCCGUGUUUUGUUGAUGGGAUGGGAUCAUGUUGAGAAAAUCUCACAUGGAAGUAAGGAAGGUAGGGAAGAGCACAACGAAAUCAGAGAGUCCUUGAAAGAAUCGUGGGAAGAGGUGGCCGGAGAGCCUGUUUGGCAGCUACUUUUUCAACAUUUUUGCUCCCAGGAUGGAACUGCAGAUGCUGUCAAAACACCGCCCAGAAAAGAUGUUCCUUUCCAAGACAAGGGAACCCCUCCAGCCCCUGAUCCACCUGCAGGGUCUAGGCGCAGAGCAGUCCAACGCAUUGACAGUAGCAAACCUGUUCCCUUUGCCCAGAAUGAAAAUCCAGCUUGUCCAACUUUGCGUGCUCCUGGAAGUGGCCCUUCGACCAGGGCUAGCUUUUUGGAAGCAGAGUGCCCAGAUUUGGAGGACAGUUUUGCUGCAAUGCACAUGGAUCCCAAAGACCCGGGCUUAGGAGAUCUUGGUGACAUGGAUGAAGAUGAGCUUGAACAAAUCAUAGCUGAAGCAGAUGAUCGUAAGCGACGAGCCAGGCAUGAGCGUAGGUUCAAGAGUAGGGUGCUGACUCAAAGGGAAAUCGAAAUGAGAAAGCUUCAGGCUUGGAUGGCCAAAAAGAUGAUUACCUACAAAUCUUACCUUUCCUCACAUCGACUUGGGUCCACCUUCAAGAAAAUUGUAGCUUGCAAGGAAGAAACCUGGAAAGGCCUUAAAGAGACCUUGCGCUCAGGAAAGACACCAAAGUGUUCCAUUUGUUUGAAGCUUUUAGAACAACAUGGAGUCAAUGCAGCUGACUUUCCCACCCUGAUGAGUGUCAUCGACGCGGCUGAGCCAGAUGCGGUCGACAAAGUGGAUGCCCAAGACCCAGUGGAAGGGGAACAUUCUGACAAAGCAGAUGGUGAGGAGGGAUUGACUCCAGAGCAGGAGUAUGCCAAAAUCGUUGAGUUUGUGAAAUCAUUUGCUCCGAUCAUUGAACUGAUCGAAGGCGGCCAGAUCCUCAAGUACAGAUGCAUUGCUUGCACAACACGCACACAGCCGUUUGGGAAGGUGAAUUCACUAGUGAAACGAAGAUUUGCAUAUGUCAAGCACUACUUGACUCAACAUUUGGAGAGCCCUACCCACCUUCAUAAUAUGGCACAGCGGGAGCAGUUGACCCAGCAAGCUGAUUGUCCAUCAGAGGAAUGUGAGUGUCCAGGGUAUGAGAUCACUAGUGACCAGUCUUCUGGAACAUUGAAGCUCUACCGUGAUGAGUUUCGCUUGUGGGCAACCCAUGCCAAUUUGAGCCAUACCAGUGUCAAGCACAAGUACACCACUGACUUGUCUUCCAACUCAUGGUUUGUAAGACAUUUUGAGUGUGAAAAGAAGUUUUCGAAAGACAGGGAUUCAAGUGAGAAGUGCUGCAAGAAGUGUGCUGAUCUUGGCAUUCCUCGCCGUGUACAGAAGUCCGUUCUCCGAUUUGUCUUCAAGUUUCAUGCAGCCUGUUUGCUUCAGCACCGGUUGUUCGGAACAGAGGCGGAGCUUCAAGCUGCCAUUGCAUCCAUAGCCAACAGUGCCUUUGCCCAGAGGCAGCAGACAAGCUGGAAGUCAUUGCUUGAAGCAUCCAACCAUGAACUGCAGAAACUUGUGAGGCAAGCUUGGAGCUCCUUACCUCCAGAAGAGCAAACUCCAAAUACCAUUGCCUUCAAAGCUUCGGUGGUGAGUCCUUGUUUGACUGUCCAUGUGGGGACAGUAGAUUCCAAUGUGGCUACUCUGUCAGAACGGUUUCUCAAUGCUUUGUCUAGCAAUGCUCAGGAGGAGCUUGUGGCUUUGGGAUUCUUCAGGGAGCUGAGCGAAGUCAACGCAAUGAUUGCCCGGGCGGCAGUGACGCAGAAACUGGGCGCUCAUCCGAUGAUGCAAGGCAUCCUAGUCAGAUGUCUCCGGCGUCUAGACAAAGAAAGCAGAGGCAUUACCUCAAACAGAGGUAGGACUGCCUGCUUGAAUGAGACAGAGCAUCGGCUGGUUCAAGACGCAGCACUGUCCCUUGCCGUAGCCUCUGGUGCCAAUCGCCGUCUUCUGGUGGAUCUAGGACAAAAUGCGAGAAGCCCAACAAUCCAGUUGCACGAUUUGCCAGGAAUGUCUCUCCCAAACCCAAUGCUUGCUCUUAUGUGCGAAGACCAGUUGAGUGAGAACGCAACACUGGUCGACCAGUUGUUUGGCAGAUUGCCUACAUCUCCAGCCAAGCGGCUAGUGGUAGCAGUAGAUUGUACAUACCUUCUCCGUGCACAUUCUCAGAUGAAAUACCAGGGUGUCCCUGGCUUGGUGGGAGGUCCGUGGUCACCGACUUCAGAGACCGAAGCCUUCCUGAAUUUAGAUUCACUUCCAGACAAAGCGGCCAAAGCACCUGUCAUGCUUGAGGCAGUGACUUGGGACCCUGCAGCUGCUCGCCGUAGCACAUUCUCUUUGGCAAGCAUGCCCAUGUCCCUUGCAGCCCAGCAGGGAACUUUUCCAUCCAAGACCCAUGCCGGAAACCACGGCCCCCUGUCGCACAAGACGAUGGCAACUGUCGACAGGGUGCAGAAUUCAAUGAGCGGCUACCUUUUGAUGGAUUUGUUUCGGCUGAUUGCUGACCAACGAUGCGGGAAGCUGUCGCUACCCAAAUCCACAUUUUUUUUGCACCCAGAGACAAUGAGAAAUGUCCAGCAUGUUGGUCUGGCAGUGAUUGCAGUGUCCUUGACGGGCUGCAAGAGCGGAAAUCCGUUCGCCCGAGGACACCAGAGACUCACCGAGCUUGCAGUCGAGGAACAUUUUGGGUCCUUGCGGACCCAAUCUGUGUCCGCACAGCUUACUGCAAGGUCCUUCUGGAAGGCUGCUGCACGGGAGAUGGUGAGGGCGAUGAAGAGUCGCAAGCCUUGUGAACCCCCAAGUGACUCUUUGGAACCAAUUUCCAAAGAAGAUUUUUUGCUGGCAAGCAGGCGUGCCUUGAAGUCAGCACUUCGUUUGGUUUCUUGGGCCAGUGCUAUUUCUGUUGAGUCUUUGGAGAUGCAGUACCGGGAAUGGUGUGAAUGUGGUCAGUUUCGAGCAGUGCUCGGCGACAUGGACGAGGAAGACGAUGAGCUUGAAGUUGGUGAGGAUGCCGCUGGUUUGCUGAAGAGUUUGCAGGAUGAGGCCAACAUGGAGUGUGACCUUCCAGAGCAGAGCGCAGAUCCUGUUGAUUUUGAACUUCGACACGUACCAGACAAUGCGGAGCUCAAGGCUGCUUUUUCAGAGGAAGCUGCUUUGGAUUCAGAGAACUUGGAUGGUCCAGAGACCUUGACAGGAACCCCCAAGACUCUGUUUCAGGCAAUGUACCCAUUGAAUCCCGAUUCUUCGGCAGUGGUCGUCUUUGAUCGCUUGUGGAGAUUGCUCAUGUCCAUCCGUUAUUGGCGUGGAGGAGGUGAUGUUCACUGGAUUCGGAAUCCCAGAGCCUGUCGACGGAAGACUUCAGGGCUCAACUGGUACCAGUUCAACGAGAUGAAACUCAAAGAGCUGGCUGACGAGGAGGAGACCAAUUCCUUCCGACAGCGUGCUGGCCGCUUGGCCAAGUGGCGAGAAUUGGCAGAGCAAGCUGCUGCAGAGAGAAAAUCUUCCGUGAAAAUUCCGAGCGGAAACAUUGUGCUGGUGCUGGUGCCCAAGUUUUCAAAGAAUGUGGCUGCGGUGGCUUUGGUUCUCUCCGUGUGGACCACAACACGCAAACCAAAGUUGGCCACGACUACUGUUUCCUUUGAGCAUACCGUGGCUGUCAGGAUUGCCGUUUUGGAGAAAAAGAGUGUUGGUGGUGAUCACCGCUGGAUGUGCUCAAAUGAGUCAGCUGUGUGGGUCGUUCGUCCACAGUCCAUUGUAGCUGUUCUUGACCAUACCCAGUUCGAGGAUGAGACGGAGGGCUGUUCGAUCAGUCUCACUGAGAAAUCCUUGGCUUUGAUUGAGGAGAGUCACUCGGUUGCUGACUGGUGGCCGCUCUUGCCAGAAGAUUCUGAUCCCCAACAUCCAGUGAAGCAUGCCGGACUCUUUGUGCAGAGACAUGGAAGAAAGCGCAAAGUGGGAGACACGAAGGCCAAAGACACCAAAAAACUGAACAUCAAGGCAGCAUCGAAAAGGGUGAAGGCAAAGUUGAAGAAGGCGAAACAGCAGAAAAAAAACAGUGAUGCAGGGAAUGUAAAGUUCAACAGGACCCCUGUUGGCGAGAAAGCAGUCAAGGCACACAUGAGGAUGAUGAAAGAAUUGGAUGACAGCAAGUUCCCCGGCAACACCCUCUUCAAUGCAGACGGCCUUUGCAGGUUGAAGGUGGGAAAGUGCAAGGAGGUUCCCUGGGAAUCUUUUCUCGAGUCCGCAUUCAAAUACUUCAAGAUUGUGUGCCUUGUCGAGUUUGAUUUGGGUGAUUUGGGAGGUUCAGGGUUCCCUGGUGUGUUAAGAAUUUUCAAGAUGAGUUCAAGUCAUUUCAAGUCUAUGUUUUCCUAUUUUAAGCUGUUUUAA